ACUUGGGGAGCAGGUUGUCAAUUUGCGUCUAGGUAUCUGUAAAUCAGAUUCCAUUUGGCUCUUGAGGCUCCACUUGGCAAUAAAAAUUUAAUGCCUUCCAUUCCCUCGUGGCUUUAUCAACGCACACAUACACUCUGAGAAGCAGAGGAGACAAGAGUGAAGAGAGGGGAGAGAGAAAGAGAAGCGAUCUGCUGUUGCUUCUCUUUCUUCUCCACUUCUUCUUCUUCCCGUCUGUCAUGACGAGAGACGAGCCCUCUCCCACUAGAUGGUCCUUCCAGGAUUUCAAGGCUUUCUAUGAUGCAAUGUUUGGGAGGAGACGAGAAAAGAAUUUAAAUGAUCAGAUUGAAAGCCAACCAAAUGGCGAGGCAACUGGAAAUGGUCGUGCAAAUGGGGUAGCGCAGGAAAACGGGAAUAAGAAGAAUCCAUCUGAGAUGGCCAUAUAUGAACAGUUCCGACGCCAGCAGGAGAAGCAAAAUGGACAACUUCCUCCUAGUGGGAUGCAAGACAGAACUGAGAAACCAGUAAAGUCACUGCUUCCAGCUUAUGAAUCUGUUGAGAUGCGCACCUUAGCUGAGAGCCUGACUAGGGAUAUUAUCCGAGGAAGCCCUGAUGUGAAGUGGGAGAGUAUCAAAGGCUUAGGGACAGCAAAGCAUCUUCUUAAGGAAGCAGUUGUCAUGCCUAUAAAGUAUCCCAAGUACUUCACUGGUCUAUUAACACCAUGGAAAGGAAUCUUGCUUUUUGGCCCUCCAGGAACUGGGAAGACAAUGCUUGCAAAGGCUGUUGCUACAGAAUGCAAAACUACGUUUUUCAACAUAUCUGCAUCAUCUGUUGUCAGCAAGUGGCGUGGUGAUUCAGAGAAGUUGAUAAAAGUUCUAUUUGAGCUGGCAAGGCACCAUGCACCAUCAACAAUAUUCCUUGAUGAGAUUGAUGCUAUCAUUAGUCAGCGAGGAGAAGGACGUAGUGAACAUGAGGCUAGUAGGAGGCUGAAGACAGAGCUGCUUAUACAGAUGGAUGGUUUAACAAAGACAAACGAGCUUGUUUUUGUUUUGGCUGCAACAAACUUGCCUUGGGAACUGGAUGCUGCCAUGCUCCGGCGUCUUGAGAAACGUAUUCUUGUUCCACUUCCUGAACCUGAAGCGAGAAAGGCUAUGUUCGAAGAGCUUUUGCCAUCUAGUGGUGACAAUGAGCUUCCAUAUGAUGUUCUUGUAGACAGGACAGAAGGUUAUUCUGGAUCUGACAUCCGACUGGUUUGCAAGGAGGCAGCCAUGCAACCACUCAGGCGCUUGAUGACCCUUCUAGAACAGGAGGGUGAUAGCUUUGGGGAAGAUCCAGAAGUUGGUCCUAUACUUGGAGAGGAUGUUGAACUAGCACUGAGGAACACUAGACCAUCAGCUCACCUCCAUGCCCAUCGUUAUGAACAAUUCAAUAAAGAUUAUGGCAGCCAUGUUCUAUAAAUAAGCCACCAGCUUGUUUCUUGAAAAGCUAGCUCUUUUGUAAUUCAAGUUCGUGAAAUUCAAGACCAUUAUUUCGCAGUUUCUCAGUUUGAGGCAGAAAGAAAUUGUUUGUAGGUCUUUCAAAAUGAAGUAUAUGCAUUGAUUGUUUGCUUAUCAUUUACUAUGAUUAUUUUUUGAAGA